UCGCAGCCGCUUUGCUUUCUUCCCCCAUCCUUCAGGAGAAGCGGCUGGGUGGGCUGUUAGGGGAACGGUGUGCCCCGAUGCCACCCUAAAAACUGCACUUCUUGCUGUGACAUUGAGCAUUUUCCUGCCACUCGUAACCUGCUUUAUGCCAAGCGCCAGCCCAGCUCUAGGCUUUGCUGCUGUCCAAAGCCUGGAGCCUCCCCCUGCAACGGGGCUUGUGUGCUGACACAGUGUUUGGGAGCCUUCCCCUGGGCGUUGAGGACAGGACGUUGCCAGCGUAAAAAUGCUGCGGUACUGGGGUGAGAUUCCCGUUUCGUCUAACCAGGCCAACCGCAGCUCCUUCGACCUGCUUCAGCGCGAGUUUCGCACCGUGGAAGUCCAAGAUCCUCCGCUGCACCAGCCGUCUGCCAACAAGCCCCGGCCCACCACCAUGCUGGACAUCCCCUCCGAGCCCUGCAGCCUCACCAUUCACACCAUCCAGCUCAUCCAGCACAACAGGCGGCUGCGCAGCCUCAUCGCCAUGGCCCAGGCUCAAAACCAGCAGCAGGCGGAGGGCAUCAAAACCGAAGACAACGAGCCUCUGCCCUCUUGCCCAGCCUCCCCGCCUCUCCCCGAUGACCUGCUUCCUCUGGACAGCAAAACCCCCAAAAUGCCAUUUCAGCUGAGGCACAGUGACCCAGAGAGUGAUUUUUACAGAGGAAAAGGGGAGCCCGUGACUGAGCUGAGCUGGUCCUCCUGCCGGCAGCUUCUCUACCAGUCCAUGGCCACCAUCCUGGCUCACACAGGCUUUGAGUGUGCCAAUGAGAGCGUCCUGGAGACCCUGACAGACAUUGCCCAUGAGUACUGCUUGAAGUUCACCAAGCUGCUGCGCUUCGCUGUGGAUCGGGAAGCUCGACUCGGGCACACCCCAUUCCCAGAUGUCAUGGAGCAGGUCUUCCACGAAGUGGGCAUUGGCAGCGUGCUCUCGCUGCAGAAGUUCUGGCAGCACCGCAUUAAGGAUUACCACAGCUACAUGCUUCAGGUUAGCAAGCAGCUCUCUGAAGAGUAUGAAAAGAUUGUCAACCCUGAAAAGGCAGCAGAAGACGCAAAGCCAGUGAAGAUUAAGGAGGAACCUGUUAGCGAUAUCACUUUCCCCAUAAGCGAGGAGCUGGAAGGAGAUCUAGCUUCUGGUGACCAGUCUUUGCCAGUUGGAGUCCUUGGAGCUCAAAGUGAGCGAUUCUCUGCAAACUUGGAAGUAGAAGCUUCCCCACAGACUUCAGGUAGAGGGGCUGAGGUGAAUGCUUCCCCUCUCUGGAACUUGUCACAGGUGAAAAUGGAGCCACAGGAGAACGAAGAGGCCAAUGUACAUGGCCAUGGGGUCCUAGGCAGUGAUGUCUUUGAGGAACCUAUGUCAGGCAUGAGUGAAGCUGGGAUGCCACAGAGCCCCAAUGGCUCUGAGAGCAGCUAUGGUUCUCAUUCUGCUGACAGUCUGAUGGGAUCCUCGCCUGUCUUCAACCAACGCUGCAAGAAAAAGAUGAAGAAGAUGUGAAAAGAAGGGGCCUUUUUAUUUAGUCCCAAUGGACUUGAAAUGAGCCAAAGUACUGUGACGGCUGUGAUGUAUAAACAGGGCUGGCCCUGGUGUAUGAGGGACCUUGCAUGAAAUUAUUAUGAGAGGUUUGAAGUAUCUUCAAACUUCUACCCUCUUAGCUGACUUCUGUACUCCACCCUGGCUCAUGAGGUUGAACAUAACCAUGUGUGUUUGGUGUCAUGGCUUGCUUUGGCAGAUUAAUGAGGAAGUCACCAGUGGAAAGUAGCUGUGGGGAGAUUUAUGUCACAGAAUUGUUGAAUAAUGUGGGUUGGAGGGGCCUCUUGAUGUUUCUGGUCCAGCCAAACCAAAUAGAGCGGGUUGCUCAGGGCCUUGUCUAGCUGAGAUUUGAUUUUCUGCAAGGAUGGCAAGACCAAACCUCUCUAGGCAACAUCUGUCUAAUCUGUGCAUUAAGUGGUUGUAAACAACAACAAGGCCUCUUUUUAGCCUUCUCUGUUCUUAUGUCUGAAGAGACCAAGCUCUCUUGGCCUCACCUUGUCCUGUGCUAGAGUCCCCUACCCAUCUUAGUGGCCUUUCAACAAAAUUGCUGCAGUGCCCUUCCUGUGAGGGGGAACACAGAAGUGGAUGCAGUCCUCCAGAUAUGAUCUCACAGGCACUGUAUAGGUAGAAAUAAUUUCCCUCAACAUGCUGGUCACACACUUCCUAACUGUUGUAGGCAACGGGAUCAUCUGAAGUUGGGUAAUUCCUCUGGCUGGGGAGCCUUCACUUGUGAUGAUGACCUGGCAAAGAUUCUGGAGGGUGGCCUCAUGGCACCAUCAGCUAACUUCUUUAGUGCCUUCAUAUGCAUCGUCUCUGCUCACACGGAGCUGUGAAUAUCCAGCUGGCUGAACUUUUUGUUAACUCAGUCUUCCUCUGUGUUGGUGAUGCUUUGUUCCCGUACAUUCCUCCUAGUAGAUCCAGGGACCUGGCAGACCUUACAAGUGGAAGUGUUGAGUGGUGGUGAGUAUGUCAGCCUGAAAGUACAAAGCACUGCCUUUGUUACCAGGCGUCUGCACUGUUGGACAGCAAACCCACAUUUUCUUUAACCUUUCUUUUGCUUCCAGUGCACUCAGAAAAGCCAUUCUUCACAUUUCUUACCUGUGUUGACUGCAGCUGAAGUUUGGCUUUCCUAACUGUCUGUGCAUGCCUGGGCUAUAUCAUUGUUUCCCCCCAGCCAGUCCAUCCUCAGCUCUACCACUGUGUAGUUUUUUUCUGUACAGUUGAGCUCAGUCAGGGUUUCCUUGAUCAUCUGUGCUGGCCUUCUGUCAUGCCUGCUAUACUUUGUGCUCAUCAGAAUGGACUGUUACACUUUCAGAAAGCAGUCUUUGAAGAUCAGGCAGCACUCUUGGGCUGCUUCGGGAAGCCAAGGCUAUCCCUCAGGAGAUCUUACAAAGACGUUUCUCAAAUGAACCAAAAUAUGUUGUCCUGAAGGUCCAGAGCUCUAUUCAUCUUGUACACAUUUCUCAAGACUGUAAAUGCCACAAUCCCAUGUCUGCUGUAGCCAGGACUUUCAUGUUCUCCACCAGUUCUUCCUUCUAUCAAGUCCAGUAGAGCUUCUUCUCUAUUUGAUUCCCUGAUCGCUUAAUCAGGGAAGUUGACAGCUGUUUAAGGCAGGGUGUUCCAGAGAGAGUGAAGCAGCAUUUACUGUUGGUGUGAGCCAGUACUGGCAAUACAAGCUUUUCCUUCACUCUUAUUAAAUUGAGUGUAGGAACUUCAGGCCAGCUGAGGUUUCCUGUUCAAAGUUGCCAUCUUAACUUAGUCUGAAACAGAAUCUUAUUUUGCUGCUUGCUUUUAUGGCUCAGCUGACUGAUGACAAUUUUUUGUUCUACACAAUCCUCAGUUGAUCAACUCAGUCUUUAACUUGAUUCAGUGAGUAUCUCUCAAAAAAAGCUAGAAUGAACGUGAAUCAAGAGUGAACAGCCACUUAAACUGGCUUUAUGCCUGUAACCCAUUGGGAUGUUUGAGGGAGAUGUACCAGACCUCACAUUUGUCCUUACAAUUGCAAGUUUAUCUUUUGAAAGAAUGAGCUCCAGGCAUAGUAUUUUUUGUUUCUGUAUAACAUGCCUAGCCUUAAUUCUUUUUUUCCUAACUGUAUUUCUCUUCUAUUUUAUAGAAAUGGAAGACAAACAUUAAAUUCUUCGAUGUCUAAUAGGAAUGUGUGACUACAGGAUUUUAUGGACAUUGGAGUUAAAAAUUGCCCGUCGGAGUUUUAAAGGCUCCUCCUGGGAGGUAAAUUGUAGCUAUUUGAAGCCUAGUCAGUAGUUGAACAGAGGAGCAGUGUAUCAGGAAAUCUCUAUUUUGAUUCCCUUUGAGUCACCAUUAGGGAAGCUGCAAUGUCCCUGUUUUCUCAGCUGUAAAAAGAGAAUAGUAGUAUUUGCCUCUUA